GGCAUCUUUCACAAUUGGUAUUCACAGUGUGUGUGAAAUAAGAUCCACUAGAAAAUUUUGUGAGAUACAACAUGGAUAAUCGUCUAACAUAUUCUUGGAUCAUUCUUUCUGUGUUAAUAUCAACAAAAGGGACCAUACGGAUAUCAAGUUAUAUUGUGGCCCAUAACAAAUUCAACAUAACAUGUCAAUGGACAGGUCUUGCGACAAACGUAAUCUUUUAUCGUCAAACACAAACAUUGGCGUAUCCGUCUGCCGGUGGGGAGCAUAGUCGAGUUGAUAAUGUUUUACAAGUUACAGAUCCUGAAAAUGAAUGCCAUAUACAAUCAUCCUUAAUUGUAGCGUGCGUCUGUUUCAAAUAUUCGGCGGUUAGUUGUAUUAUAAAUAAUACACUGGAAGAGCAACUUAUUGUACAAUGGAAGUGUGCAAUAUACAUAAACGGGGACAGGAUUUUCAGCAACAUCACAUCUCUUAAAACAUAUGAACCUGCUAAAAUAACAACAUUUCAAGUAGAUGCAUUUCAAGGAGUGUCCCAUGUCACAUUAAAGGAAAACAACACUGCGAUGCUGACCUGUAUUUCUGAAGGUUUUCCUAUACCGGAAAUAAGUCUUAAGAGGGAUACAUUAGCGUUUGGAGCAUCUAUUGUUCAGUCAGAGAUAAGCAUAAGAAGUCAACUAAACAAAACGUUUACCAACAUUAGCCGCCAAAAGACAGGCAAAUAUACCUGUGUUGCUUCCAACGAACAUGGGCAAAGUGAACAAAGCCUUUAUUUGAAUAUAUUAUACCCUCCAUCUGUAAUUCGCACUGACAAUGUGUACAUCAAGGAAGGAGAAGGUCUCAACAUAACAUGCAAAUAUGAACCCGGUAAUCCACCCGAGACGGCAGUACAUUGGAAAAAAGAAGGCAUUAUAUAUUCAAACAAAACAUUACUGUAUCCGAGAGUAGCCAGAACAGAUGCUGGUAACUACUCUUGCAUUGCGACAAACACAUACGACAACGGACAUACCAACUUCACGGGAGUCGAUUUUCAGCGGUUUAUCCUGCACGUUUUAUUUCCAGUGAGCAGAAAAAUUCCUGUUACUGACUUUUCAAACUAUGGAAACGAAGCAAAUAUUUAUCUUGGUGGAGAAGUGACAUUUUCGUUUUCAGCAUUGGCAAAUCCACUUCCGACAAGUGCUGAAUAUGUUUGGCAUAAAUGCAGUGACACCAAUUGUACUGAAAUAACCAACAGUUCCCGUUCUUAUAUAGAGACUUAUAGAGAUUUUAGCAACCUAACGGUAGUCAAUAUAACGGAGUCAGAUUAUGGGAUGUACAUUUUGCAAGUGGGAAACGGAAUAGGAAAGCCUCAUACGGAAGUUUACUUUUUGAAGCGUCUAUCAUCUCUUCCCACAAAACCAAUGACCAACAUGACAGUUAUUGGAUUAUUAGCAGGGUUAAGUGGAACCCUCAUUUUAGUAAUUAUAUUCGUUCUUGCCGAAUAUGUGCACCGACAUUUAACACAAACGGAAACAAUAGACGUCGGAUGUCAGUCUGUUGUUCCAACAACCUCUUACAACGACGACACUACCGUGAAACUUCCUUUCGUGCCCUUAGAUCGGUUGGAUGUUCAAGGCGAGGCCAUUGCUCUUUAUUCUUCAGCUGCACAAUUGGAGAUUUACAGUCAAAUUGAUCUACAGCUCGUCGAAGAGAUGAUAUCUAGAAAUGACGGAUCUACAAACGAGACGCAGCUGGUGACAGAACCAAUUCGAUGUAACGGUGUGGGUCCUCCGGAACCGGAUGAUGAGCCGCAAUACAUCGUUGGUCGUUGUGGCCGCUGACUGAUACUACAAUAAUAAAUUUUGAAAGAUUUUGAAUGUUCACAAGGUGCAUUUCAAUCUACAUAAUAUUGAACUAAGCACAGCGCGAUUGCGUUAAACACAGCGUAUCACAAUUUCUCGAACGUAGCACUUGAAACAUAGAAAGGAUAUAGAGGGAGACAAAGAAGCAAAAUCAAACGUGAUAGUACUGCCAAAUACGGACCAGAUGUUGCAUUUCUUAUAGCUCGACAUUUUUAAUUAAAAAUAGUAAUUGUACAUAAUAAUCCAUUAUUUUAAAAACUCUUUAAUUGAAUAUUUGUCUUUCCAGUUCAGAUUGUCAACUGUAUGUUUGUUUUGAAGUAUAUAAGGCAUUGUUCGUAUUAGGAUGCACAUAAUAUAUUCAAUAAUUACAUGUAUUUCUGCUUUGGGUUGCUAUUUCCUAAAUGUGCUUAAUAUGGACUGGUGAUUGUAUAUAGUAUACGUUAAAUUGAGUGAUAUAAUAUAAUAAGCGUAGUUAAAUACUCAGAUCAUACUUAAUUCAUCACACCCGAUGCGCUUAAUUAAUCUUACAAACUACAUGAACAAAUUGCGGCCUUGCUCAUUGCAUAGUUUAGAACGCAUAUUUGAUAUCAACUGCAUGAUAAUUUAUCAAAUCGUUUGAGCAUCAAUCUACUUUUUGUUGUAUCGUUAUUGAUCGGUCAACAAACAACUAUUUUUCGAUCGGAUUUGUUGCGUGGAGAUUUAACAACAAUACAUUAAACAAUACUAUUCAAUCACAAGAUUCAUUUUACAAGAGUAUACUAUUCAAUCACAAGAUUCAUCUUACAAGAGUAUACUAUUCAAUCACAAGAUUCAUCUUACAAGAGUAUACUAUUCAAUCACAAGAUUCAUCUUACAAGAGUAUUGAGCUAGCCAUAAUGAAAAAUAAAAAAGCUUUUUUUGUUUGUGGUCGGAUUGAGCCUGUUGUUCGACUCCCACAACAUGUCUUCAGAUUAUCAACAAGUAACAUUUACAUUACAACCAUAAAUAUACUGUAAUGUAGUUACUGAGACAUAUUUUUAAAUCGUAUACAUUUAUUUUUCAACAGUGCAAAAUAUGAAGAAUACUUAAAUCACCUGGUGUGUUAUUGGCUUGAUUAUUAUUCGAUUUCUUUCUUAGCGUUGUGUACUUCUUGUCUACGAUUACAUGUCAACGAAGAUGUAUAAAACGUAGGGUCAAUAUUAUUCGACAUACAAAUAUAAAUAUGCAGCAGUUAUUAC